AUGGAAUUCAUAUCAGAUACAUCAACCGAACAAGAGUUUGCAGAUAUAAUUCAAGAACUCACACAAGAUUUUUACUACCAGAAACCAGACGAUGUCCUUCAGUUUUGCACCAAUUUUUUCCAAUCAAGACUAUCUAGCCAACGAUCAUUUUGGAGAGGAUAUAUCACAGAGACAUUUACUUCACACCCAACCGAAUCUUCACCGAGCCUCACCCCUGCUCUAGUGCAAGAUCCUUUAGAAGCCUACAGUAGCGAUGAAGAGGAUGUUUUUGAAGACGAAGAUACAUUUGAGAACGAAAUGAUUGAAUUUACUGCACCAAUUUCUAACCGUGGCCGACGAACGUCUGUUAGUGCGGAGUCUAUGACACCAUUAGCCCGAGGAGACAAGGAUUACAUUCAAAAGAUAAUACCCAAGACCAACGCCCAAAAAGAACAAAUCCAGGCUGCAAUUAGAAACAAUUUUUUGUUUCGCAAUCUUGAUGAAAACCAGCACCAAGACAUUAUCAACGCCAUGUCAGAAAAGCAAGUGCUUCCCAACGAGGUUGUGAUCCAGCAGGGUGCUAUUGGAGAUUAUUUUUACAUUGUCGGUUCAGGCCAGCUAGACUGUUAUAUUAAUUCGGAUCAGCAAAAGGUCACAACUUAUGGUCCCGGGGGAAGCUUCGGUGAGCUAGCCCUGAUGUACGACAGCCCUCGUGCAGCAACCAUUGUGUCUGUUGUCUCUGGAGUACUUUGGGCCUUGGACCGUCUCACGUUCCACCGCAUUGUGGUCGAACAUGCCUCACACAGACGCCAGAUGUAUGAAUCAUUCCUAGCCGAGGUUCCUAUUCUUGCUUCUCUGGACGCUUGUGAGAGGUUCAAGGUGGCCGAUGCACUAGAGUAUGUGUGCUUUGAAGAAGGCGAGACAGUAGUCCAGCAGAACGGUUUCGGAGAUAAUUUCUAUUUGAUCGAGUCAGGAGAUGCACUGGUUUACCAAACCGACGUGGACGGCAUACAGAAAGAGGUCAAUUGCCUGACAAAGGGAGCCUAUUUUGGAGAACUUGCUCUAUUGCAUGAUAUCCCACGUGCUGCUACGGUAAUUGCCCAAGGACGGCUCCGAUGUGCCACCCUUGGCAAACGAGGCUUCAGUAGACUGCUUGGUCCUAUCUUGGAUAUUCUCAAGCGUAACUCUGAGAACUAUGCCAAGGUCCUGCAAACAACUACAAUCUAG